UCCUCCUGACUCGCAGCAGCAGCAGCAGCAGGUUCUCAGCCUUCCUUGGAGGAGCUGUAGGAUGCUACUGACCACACCAUUUGCAUUUCGCUGUCUUUUCAAAUAAGCAUUAAGCAGCAGCCUUAGGAGCAUCUCAACCUCCUUUAAUCAUGUGGCGCAGUGCGGGUUGACUGUGAUCUGCUCGAGUUCAUCUGAUGUCCUACAGGUAACAGUGAUGGCAGGGUCAAAGAUGUUUUUGACGAUGGUUCUAGUGGUGUUCCUGUCAGUGCUGCUGGCAGGAACAUCCCAGGCUGGGCCUGAGAUGGACCCGUACAAAAUCUUGGGGGCAACCAGGACUGCGAGCCAGGCGGAGAUCAAGAAGGUCUAUAAGCGUCUUGCAAAAGAAUGGCAUCCUGACAAAAACAAAAAUCCAGGUGCUGAGGACAUGUUCAUCAAGAUAACCAAAUCUUAUGAGAUCCUGUCCAACGAAGAAAAACGUUCCAAUUAUGACCGUUAUGGUCAGACUGAUGACACCCAGCCAUACAGCAGCAGCCGCUACGGUCAUCGCCAUGACAGCUUUUACUUCGACGAGUCCUUCUUCAACUUUCCCUUCAACAGCAAGAACCACAGGGACUUUGCUGACAGCAGGUACAUUUUGCACUUCAAUCAGUACGUCAGCGACGUGGUGCCUGACAGCUACAAGAGGCCAUACUUGAUAAAGAUCACCUCUGACUGGUGCUUCAGCUGCAUCCACAUCGAGCCUGUCUGGAAAGAGGUAGUGCAGGAGAUGGAGACUCUAGGUGUUGGAAUAGGUGUGGUGGAUGUGGGCUACGAGAGGAGAUUGGCAAAUCACCUUGGUGCUCAUCGCACGCCAUCGAUACUUGGAGUCAUUAAUGGCAAAGUGACGUUUUUCCAUUAUGCUGUAGCAAAGGAGCACCUGCGGCAGUUUGUAGAAGACCUUCUCCCUCAGAGACUAGUGGAUCGGGUCACAGACAAGAACGACCUUCAGUUUUUGAACAGCUGGCAUGAACUCAACAAGCCUCAUGUGCUUUUAUUCGACCAAGUUCCUGUAGUUCCUCUUCUCUACAAACUGACAGCUUUUGCAUAUAAGGACUACUUGCAGUUUGGCUAUGUGGAUCAGGGCCUUUCAGAGACAGCCGAUCUGCAGAAACAGUUCAAUAUUAACACUUAUGCCCCGACCAUGCUGGUCUUCAAAGAGAACACGGACAAGCCUGCUGACAUUAUACAGGCUAAGGGAAUGAAAAAGCAAAUUAUUGAUGAGUUCAUGUCAAACAACAAAUUUCUCCUUGCGCCACGGCUGGUCAAUCAGAAACUCUUUGAUGAGCUCUGUCCUGUCAAACAGUUCCAUAGACGCAGGAAAUACUGUGUCCUGCUGAUCACAGGUGAUGACGAGACCUUCUCUUUCGGGAACCAGGCAUUUCUCUCUUUCGCUUCUACAAAUACCAAGGACGUUUUGAGAUUUGCCUAUGUGUACCAGCGGCUACAACAACCAUUAUGCGACAUUCUUGCGCAGAACAAGGACAGUACACAGUCACACCCUCAGGUGGUGAUCCUGGAGAGGCGUAACGCUGCAGGCAAGGCUUUGUUCAAGCCCGUCACUGCCUGGAAUGGCAGUGAGGAAGACAAGCAGUGUCUUUUGGAGGAGCUGGAGAGACUCCAGAAGGACCCGUCCAUCCUUAUCCAUGACGCCAUGCUGCCCGAGCUCAACAACGAAUUUGCUUCUAUGUUUGUAAUCAGAUGGAUCUACGCAUCUUAUGAUUACCUCUCUGAAGUCAUUGACGAUAUUCUGCACAACAACUGGCGGGAGAUGAUGCCUCUUCUGUCCCUCAUCUUCUCUGCCUUGUUCAUUUUGUUUGGAACUGUGGUCAUCCAGGCCUUCAGCGAUUCAAGUGAUGAUAAGCAAACUAAACCCAAGGCAAAAGAAGGAACAAAAGCAGAAAAUGGGUCACCAGGGGCCAGUAGUACUUCAAGUCGGCCUCCCAAGAAGAAUUUUGUGGAGGUGACGGAGCUGACAGAUAUCACUUACAUUAGCAACCUGGUGAAGCUGAGGCCAGGACACAUGAACAUCGUGCUGGUGCUCACUGAUGCCUCCAAGAACAUCCUACUCAGCAAGUUUGCCAAAGAGGUCUACUCCUUCACAGGGAGCUUUACACUGCAUUUUUCCUUCCUGAACAUCGACAAGCAUUGCGAGUGGAUGCACAUGCUGCUGGAAUACGCCCAGGACGCCACACAGAUCGAUGCAGACGAGGAUGACGGGAGCCACCACAAGAUGGACUUCACCGGCUUCGUGCUGGCACUUAACGGCCACAAAAAGUACUUUUGUCUGUUUAAGCCGGUCUAUACGGGAGAAGACUUUGACAAUAAGUCAUCAGAGGACGAAGGGGGCUCUUCAGGGGGGAGGUCAAGGUCAAGCUCGAGGGAUGACCACCCACCGCGCAAAUCCAACAAAUCCCGCAGCCUAUCCACCCUGCAGAUCCACCACAAGCUGGACCGCCUGGGGUUGUGGAUGGAGAGGCUGAUGGAGGGCACUUUGCCGCGCUACUACAUCCCUUCCUGGCCUGGACUAGACAAGAUAACCCCCGGCAAAUAAAACUGACUUUUACCUGUUGUCAUACUGAAACGGCUCCCUAUGUGCGGCUCCCUGGCAAAGCUAGACUUUGGCUAACUGUUUUGCACUUGAGAUGUUUAAUAGUUACAGAUGUCUUUUAAAGUUGUGUCAAUAUUACAAACUUGAAAUAGAAAAAAAAUAAACCUUCGUACAUCCAUUUCAAAAGACAUGUGCGUAGGAGAGCAAUGUGUCCAUCAACUCCCGCACACUGUCUAACUUGCAAACAUUUAAUGGCAACGUUUCGGUAAUUGUACUGUUAAUAUAUUACAAACUUUUGAGCAACUACUGUAGGACAGGACCUUUAGCAUAUCCUCAUAAACAUGCAUGCUGUUUUCAACCGUCACUUGUCGUAUUUAUUGAGGCAAAUGCUGCUGCUACAGCCUUGUAAACAGAAAACAAAAGCACUGUGGCUUCCUGCGAUCAUGAAUAACUUAUGAAGGCAGGAUAUCUACCUUUUUCCCCCCCAUAGAUGAAUACUGUGAAGAGCGAUGCAUGUCUCUAAACCUAAAUGUUCUUGCCUUUUUAUGUAUCUCAGCACAUUUAACCUUUGUUAUAAAUUAUCCUCUGAAAGCCACUGUGCUCGUGCAAUCUACAUACUGCUGUAAUUUCAAUGCCUUUUACCCUUAACCUGGAGUCUUUUCCAUGAUAUACCAGACGGUGUGAUUGCAUGAAAAGAAAAUAUUGUUGGUUUGAUGGAAACACUUCUGGUUACGGCUUAAAAUGUACUUCACUACAAGCAAGACAUAUUUUUUUAGCAGCCUUGGUUUAUUUAAGAACCUCAGUUAGCCAGUAGCUUUAUGUAGCACAUAUAAGAAAAAAUGCUAUUUAAUUUUCUAAAUGUUGUCCAAAUGGCAACCAUUUACUGCUACUUUAUCAUUAUGUCAUGAUGAAUUGUGUUGACAUGAAAGUGAAGACAAACUCGGUGUGUACUUGGUGUAUUAACGUGUUUUGUCGGCAUUAAGUAUAUUAAGAAUAUCAUUUGUUCAGCACUACAUGAUGUAAAAAAAAAAUGUACAUAUGGAUGAUAUGAUGAAUGUUUUACAUUGAUUGGAGAAAAAGCUGUAGGUCCUUUUUUUAAAUUUAUUUUAUUUUAUUAUACAAUCAAGUAUAAAAAGAACGCCUGCUAUAGUCAGAUGUUUUAGUUUGUCUUCAGUAGUGUAUUUAUCCUCCUGUUGGUUGUAAUAAAAUUCUUUGUGUUUGUUUA